AUUUCUUACUUUUGGCGGGAAAACAACGAAUUGUGUUUGAACGAGACAUGUCGAGCGAUUACGAGCGGCAACGCCAGGCCAACAUCCGCGCGAACAUGGAGCGACUGGCCAUGCUGGGAUUGGCCAAAGGACCAGUGGCGGCGAGCGCGGCUGCGGUGGCUGGGAAGGUCGCAGCAGCGUCUCCACGAGCAGCAGCGCGGCGAAACACCGUUGCCGUUGGUGAAGCCCCAAGCCCGGCGGAGACUGCGCCUGGCACGACUCUGCGACGGUCAUCGAGAUCUAGAACAAGCACAUUGAGGUACGAGCCAGAGCAAGAGGACGAUGUCCAAGACGAGCGCAAGCCGGCAGCGCCACGAACGAAACAAUCGCCCAAGGUGAAACACGGCGGCGAAUCAUCUCGACCGUCAUCGUCAUCGUCAUCCGGGAGAUCGUGCAAGGACAUGAUGGCGUGCGUGGAAACACUGCAAACAACCUGGCUCGGAAGACAGCUGCCUCUGCCUGCCGUCGGAGCUGGGCUGAAAACCGCUGUGAUGGCACUCGUGGCGGGAACGCGAUCUGCGCCUGCCUUUCCGCGGCUGUCGGGCGUCCAGCAGUGGAAGAAUGCUGUCUGCUUGUUUGUCAAUCUGGACGGCAAUACGUAUGACAACACGUUCAGUCAGGCACAGGGCGGAUUUGCCAUGACAUGGUUUGCCUCUGCUCAGACCAACAUGGAUUCGCCAGUCAUUCAGCGGCUAUUGAAGGCCGAGCGGUAUGAUCUCAAGAACGACGACAGCGCACCGUCACGGCAGUCGACAGAAGCUGGAUUGCACAAGCCGGAGGUGGUGCUAUUGUUCUGCCGCUUGCUCAUGGAGCCCUACGUUUACUGCGGUCGUCUCGCGUUGGUUUGGGUCGACCCAAAGACCAGUCCGCUCAAGUUUACAUGGUUUUUAAAGGAUUCGUCAAGUAUGAUGGCCAGCUGUCCUGAUUUCCAGGCAAUGCUGCCGCCGCAACUUGGUGGAACGCGUGGCACCUCCAACGAUGACGAUUCGGCAAACGAAGACGAAGAAGAAGAAGAAGAAGAAGAAGAAGAUCAAGAUUAA